AUGAACUUGUUUCACCAAGAACAGACACGGAAAGGUUUGCCGGUCAAGUACACAACAGGCCUCCAUAUGGUUCAAACUGAAGCUCCAGGAACCUCCCACGGCGGUGAACAUUCAUGGCAAUAUAAGAAGCUGGAAACCGAACCUCCAGUGUCAGGUCCUGGGAGGCUACCAUGCCCACCUCCUGUUACAUAUGGAGGCUCGACAAUCCCACCACCAAUGCCACCAUUCUCAUAUCCACGCCCUUUCUAUCCUACUCAAAACAGCUCUUGGGACAACUAUCAUCAAAAUCGCCCCCCGCCGGUGAGUCAAAUUUCCCAUGGCAUGAUGGGUCCAGAUAAUUGUCAUGUCAAUGUUCCUGGAAUGCCUUUUGUCCCCUCCUCUAUCAACCCAGUAUCACAGCUUUUUGAAAAUUCUGGUCAACGAUAUGAUCAAAAGGUUCCAAACAGACCAAAUCCUCCCCCACCUGAUGUGCUACCUCCACUGCCUUCUCCUCCUCCAUUGCCUCUAUCCCAGCCACCUUCUAUACCACCUCCCCCGAGGUUUAGCCCCUCACAAUCCUCAAUCUGCUCUUGA